UCGAGGCCAAUAAUUAGGCACGUGUAAUCGGGUCGCGUAAUCUCUCUACAUAAUUCACCCAUCACAGAGUCAACAUGUUUUGAAUAAUUGAUAAAGAAAGAUGUGCUACACUAUGUGUUUUACACAUGGUAAUGGGAAUGUAAAUGUUGGAACAAGAGCUGAUGGCUGGUGAUUUCAAGGUAACUCACAAACUGGGUGUGAGCUCGAGGAACAGAGAUAUGCAAACACUGUGCAAUGGAAGCCUGAUCUGACCUUGACCCACAUGUCUAUAAGCAUAAGUGUGUGGGCAAUAUCUUUGUUAAACAUCAUAACGCUUUUGCUUUUCCUUUUGCGCAAACAGUCACUCAGGCUUUUGGACUGGGAAGUAAAUGUUGGCAGCAAGCUUUGAAAGUGAAAAAAUGCACAGACGAAGGAGAAGAAGCACCAAGAAAUAUCUUUAUUUUGGUAUCAUUUCCAUAGUCAUCAUUGUACUCAUUGCAUUGCGACCAUGGACAUAUAGUCUAAAGUGGAAAAAUGAAUCAAAGUAUAUGAGAUGCAUUCAUAGUAAUGAAGAAAAAGAUAAUAGUGAGGUAUUUCAAGCCUAUCCAGAGUAUAACAAGGAUACAAAGAUUAUUCUAUUGUGGACACAUUUUUUUGGUUCACAGACCUGGUUUAUACCUAAGCUUGGACGCUACAUAUUAGACAGGAACAACUGUAGUCAGAGAAACUGCCUUUUUGUCACUGACAGAUGUUACUUGGACAGAAGUGAUGCCUUACUCUUCCACGCAUUCCAAAUUACCCAGUUCCAGAGACCAGCAUUCCGACUGCCACAUCAACGGUGGGCUGUGUAUGCAUUAGAAAGCCCCUGUUAUCAUGAUUUGAGUCCAAUCAAAGGCACACCCUGGAAUGGGGAUUUUAACUGGACUAUUUCCUAUAGGUUUAAUGCUGAUAUAACAGUAUAUCAUGGGGAAAUUUUCAAACGUCCUAGCCCUGUGCAUAAUGAUUAUGAUGCUAUAAUGAAACUGAAGAAGAAACAAGUGGUAUGGAUGGUUAGCAAUUGCCAGACAGAAUCAAAAAGGGAAAAAUAUGUAGAAGAGUUGGCCAAGUAUAUACCAGUGGACAUAAUUGGAGCGUGUGGAAAACUACAGUGUCCACAUGGAGAGGAUUGCUUAAAAAAGAUUGCCACAGAGUAUAAGUUUCAUUUGAGUUUUGAAAAUUCAUUAUCAGAGGAUUACAUGACAGAAAAAUUCUUUAAAACCCUCCCUUAUCCAAUAGUUAAUGUAGUCAGAAAUGGAGCUAAUAUGGAGGCUUAUCAAAUUCCAUCAGAUUGGUACAUCAACACUAGGGACUUUGAAAGCCCCAAAAAAUUAGCUGAAUACUUGAAUGCACUUGAUAAAGAUGACACCAAAUACAUAAAGUAUUUAAAAGCUAAGGAACAGUUUUCUUCAAUUGAUACACAGGAUGAGUAUUGUAAACUCUGUGAAAAACUCCAUGAUCCAAAGGCACCAGUUAAGCAGCAGACUGAUCUCUACACUUGGUGGAACAUGGAUAACUCAGGAAAAAGUAAAGCCUGUAAAGAGCCUUCAGAUUUAAAUUUUUAAAAAAAGAAUAUUUUUUCUAAAUUGAUGCCAUUUAUUAAUUUUUUUGAUGGAUGCAUCGAUUUUGUUUUUUGGGUAUUUAAAAUUUACUUUGCAGUUAUUAGACAUUCUGUGUGAUUUGUCUUUACACUUGUACCGUUUAUCUUUAAGAGCCAAUUCAGAACGGGACUAGCAAGUCAGCAGAUCCAAUAUGGCGACCCACUUAAAAGCUUGCUGCUUAAUUCUCAAUAAGACACUGAAUAGAUUCCCCACGGGGAUUAUGCA